AUGUCUGAUCGCAGCGAAUCCCCGGAUUCUGACCGCAGCGAGUCUGGCUCCCGGCACGCGGACCAGCCGCCCGCCCGCAAGAGGCAGCGCGUGAGGCUCAGCUGCCUCGAGUGUCGCCGCCGCAAGCUCUCGUGCGACCGCGGCUUCCCGUGCGAACGGUGCAUCAAGAGCGGCACGCCGGACCGGUGCUCUUACGAGUCCCGCACCGGCGAGGUCGUCAACGCCUCGGCCGGCGUCCCGCCGCAGUUUGCCCAGCUCGACUCCCGCCGCUUCGGCCUGGCCGACGCCGUUGCCGGGUUCGCCUCGCGCGACCCGGACGUCCUCCGCCAGGAUCACGACCGCAUCCGCCGCCUCGAGCUCGAGAUUGCCCAGCUCAAGACCCAGCUGCUCCGCCCGGGCGCCUCGGCCUCGUUUGAUGGCAGCACCAUUGCCGGCACCAACUCCCCCGCCACCCAAAAGGACGAGACCUCGCCCCAUGACGCCGCCGAUCCCAAUGCGCCCCGACCCGAAGUCCAGGAAUGCAUUGACGCCACCAAUGCGUCGGACGAAAAGGUCGAGCUGCGCUUCUUCCGCGGCAAGGGCUUCCGCACGCGCUACUUUGGUCCACACAAUGCCAGCAUGGCUUUUGUUGAGCUGACGGGCUUGUGUCCCUUCAUGCGCGAAACCGCAGAUGAGUGGCUCCGUCCCGUCAUCAUCCAUGACCGCAAGGAUCGCAAGCGUCGCCAGGAGGAGCGUGAGCUCAUGUUUGAUCAGCCCGACCCUGAGCUCGAGUCUUUGCUACCUAGCAAGGAGGAGGCCGACGCCCUGGUCAGUAUAUAUCUCGACCAGUUCGAACAGAUUCAUCGAAUUGUGCACAUUCCCACCUUUAAGAAGGAGUAUGAAGCCUACUGGACGCCUGGCGCCAACAAGCGCUAUGCCGCCUUCACAGCUAUGCUCCUGGCCAUGAUGGCUGUUACGAGCACCGUUCACACCCACGAAAGCCUCAAAUUCGUGGGCAUGAUGUCCAGCGCCCGCCACUGCGCCGAGAAGUGGAUCAAGUCUGCCGAUGACUGGGUCAAUGGUCAGAGCCAGAAGCAUCGGCGCCUCAUUCACUACCAGGUUGCCUGCCUGCUGUACUUGGCCAAGCGUGUCAACACAUACAAGAAGAAGCGCUUCUGGACCGGGUCCGGCGCGCUGAUCCAGAACGGCAUCGCCGUCGGUCUUCACCGUGAGCCGAGCCACAUGGCCAACAAGAUAACGAUUUACAACCAGGAGAUGCGCCGCAGAAUCUGGACGACGAUACAGGAGUUCGACAUGCAGGCGUCCUUUGACCACGGCCUACCCACACUGUUGAGCCAGUUGCAUUACGACACCAGCCCACCUCGCAACCUCGAUGACGAGGACUUUGACGAGCACACAACGGAGCUCCCCCCCUCCAAGCCUGCCAAGGACUACACAUUCUCAUCCUUCCAGAACCUGGCGCGCUCGAGUCUCCCACUGCGUCUGGAGCUCAGCCGUCUGCUGACGGGACCAACUUCCGACAUUGAUUACGACCAAGUGAUUCGCUAUACCAACGACCUGACACAAGAGAUUGAUGCCCUGCCUUCCUGGGAUACCGACGUGGAUCCAACCAAGAGCAGCAAGAACCCCUUGAUUGCAUAUACCUUGCUGCAUGUCCAGCUGCGACAGUACAUCAUCCCCCUGCACCAGCCGUACCUGAAGUUGCGCAAGCAAAACUCCAAGUACCAGUACUCAGAGAUCAUAUACUAUAAUGCCGCCCGAGAUAUUGUGCUGCUACACGAUAAACUCUACGAACAGGGCAUCCGCGCGCUCAACUUCCUGCGCGAGGAUGCUUUGACUACAGCCAUCAACCUGUGCAGCGUGACCAUGCUGCAGCCGAAGGGUUCCACCAACAUGAUUAUGAUCAACUCACAUCACACGCUGAAGUUGAUUGAAAAGUGUUUGAAUAUGAAGGAGGACCGGCUGCUGCGCUGUGGCAACAACGAGCCGUGGGGAUACUCCAUCAUGUGUGCCGCCCUCGGCUUGCUUGAAGCACACCUGGGCACCAAGCCAUCAGAGGUGGCCAAGUCGUCCUCUGCCGAGCGUUUCGUGAAUCUGCACUAUCGCCUGCUGGCCAACCAGGAGCCUCCCACAUCGUCGAGCCAGCUGGCAGAGGUGGGCAUGACGAUGCCGCCGCCAAUGUCGACCACCGGGCUUCCCCUUGACGUGCCCGACAGACAAAAGGUAUGCCGCUCCCGCACCCACCCUGCAAACGUGUCUAACCCUGCCCAGUCGGUGACGCCGUUUGCCUUUACGCCAUCCAUGCCGUCCGCGCCACUGGACCCUUCUGCAGCGCCGUGGCUCAUGAGCAACGGCGACGCCGCGCAGCCCUUCAACCUCGACCCGAGCCUAGAGCUGCUAGGCAUCAAUCUGAAUGAGCUAUGGGGUGAGUCUUGGGAGCUCGGCUGA